AUGUCUUCUUCUGACGAGAAGUCCGAGACUGGUGGUAGCGACAAGACCCCCACCCCAAUGGGCAAGUCAGACGUUGCGUUUACAGUUUCCGAUGCUCGUUCUCGCUUCGCGCAGGCCAAAAGCGGCGGCGAUGUGUCUUCGGGUGGCUUCGCUGCACGUGCUCAGGGUGCUGGCGAUUGCAACGCCAACGCUGGCAGCCAGCAGGGUACCGGAGAAAAGAAGUGA